CUCGGUGAAAACCAUGGAUCCUGAUGGGAGCCACUCGUCAGAUGCAGGCCAUCUGUGUGUCCUGGUCCAUGGGUAGGGAGAACAUACCACACCCCCGAUGAUAUUGCUGACAGUCAUGCGUGCGACAGACUCUGGGGGAACCCUUCUCACAUGGACUUCAUAGCCACGUCGUUGCGAGAACGAUACCCGACUGACACCUUCCAUAUCCUCGCCGCCCAGCGCAAUGCCGGCAACCACACCUACGAUGGCAUCGAACUCGGAGGCGAACGCCUGGCGCUCGAGAUCGAAGAAACCCUGGACUCCCUGGCGGCCCGGGGGUCUCGGAUCGGGAAGCUCAGCGUCGUCGGAUACUCGCUUGGGGGCCUUGUGGCCAGAUAUGCGUUGGGGCUUCUAUACGCGCGAGGAUGCUUCGAGAAGCUGGAGCCCGUGAACUUCACCACCUUUGUGUCGCCGCAUGUCGGCGUGCGAAUCCCCGUGAAGGGCCUCCGCAGUUUCCUAUGGAACUACCUGGGUCCUCGCACGAUCUCCGUCUCGGGGCGACAACUGUUCUUGGUCGAUUCGUUCCGGGACUCUGGGAAACCGCUUCUCAGCCUUCUCGCUGACCCGGAUAGUGUCUUCAUGCGAGCGCUGGCCAAGUUCAAACGCCGCUGUGUCUACGCGAACGUCGUGAACGACCGCUCGACCGUCUUCUAUACCACUGCCAUCUCGCUGUCCGAUCCAUUCCAGCAGGACUUGGAGCGUGCCCACAUCAAAUAUGUCGCCGGCUACGAGCCCGUUGUCGUCGACCCCGAUGUGUAUUUCGCACUGCCCGGAAGGAAGGAAGAUGGCCACCCUUUGUCAUCACGGAUCCAGCAGCAGACAAAGAAACUGUUCACCGACCUGUCGCUUUGGCUCUUCUUCACCCUCCUGAUGCUCAUUGCCCUGCCCAUCUUCCUCGUGAACUCAAUCAUUCAGACGUCCCGCAGUCGGCAGCGGAUCCAGCUGCACGAGGAAGGCCAAAGCGGAGCCUCCUUUGGACACUACCGAAUCCCCCUCCUGAUCAAGGACGCCCAGAGCGCCGUCGAGGAGGUCUUUGAACGCGCCGCCGCCCGACAGGAUCCCGAGUACCUAUCCGCCGCCGACCAGCACACGGGGGCAAGCCAGCUCAGAAAGCGGACAUCCGCAACAAGCUUCCCCGCCAACGAGGGCAAAUCGAGCGUGCUCAUCCGCGAAGAGACCUGUAGUCCGCCGGACCGCAGCGCAUCUCAGACCUUUCCCACGCUCGCCCUCACGCCCCUCCAGAUGUCCAUCAUCAAAUCCCUCAACGCCGUGGGUUUCCGCAAGUACCCGGUCUACAUCCACAACCAUCGUCACAGCCAUGCCGCCAUCAUCCGACGGGUGCCCAAGAAGGGAUUCGACGAGGCUCCCGUCGUGAUGAAGCAUUGGCUCGAUGCCGAGUUCGAGAUCUGAUCUGACGGGUCAUGCGCGCGGUAUUCCCGAACGGGUAAAAAUAAUCAAUUCGCAUGAAUGCGGGGGGGAGGAAGGGAGUGGAAAAUCCCCCGUGGGGAAUCAUACAUAGAGGACGAUCCGAGUCGGCGGUGCAGUAGUUCACUGGACUAGUUGAGUAGUGACUCACAUCACCUCCCCCCUCUCACCCACAUGGACCUGCAACAUGACAUGUGCAAUACACGAAGAAUGAGCCCCUUCUCCGGUUGGUUCCAUUCUAUACUCUCCCUCCUCCCGCCCCGCCCCUAACGAACACCGGAUCCUACCCCAGCUUCUUGGCGCGCGGGGGAGAAAGCCAACCAGAUAGACACAUACGCAGUAUGCGUAGAUAGAUAGUUAGACAGACAGACAGACAGACAGAUCGAUAGACAGAUAGAAUACCUCGGCAUUUGCAAUCGAAACCACCGAAUCCCC